AGCCAGUUAGGCUCAAGCCACUUUGGCUCGAGGCGCCUUGGCCCUGCGGGGGUCCGCGCCCCCGCCUUCGGCACGCCGCCCGCUCGCUCCCGCGCGCCCUCCGCGGGGGCCGCGCGCACAUGGCACGGCGCCCGACCAGGUGCUCUCCAAGCAGCGCCCCGGCAGCCUGCUUCGAGGCCUUCGGCGCUCGGGGCCGCAGGCGGUGGGAGGAGGAGCGGUCGCGCGACCGGGAGGAGUUGGCCGAGGCCCAGAGGGCCCGGGAGGCCAUGGAGAGGGAGCGCGACGGGGCGCGGCAGGAGCUCCGGGCGCUGCGGGAGCACGACGAGGAGUCGCGGGAGGAGCUCCGGCGGGCGCAGGAGGCCCUGCGGAGCAUCCACGCGGAGCGAGAGGCGAGGCAGCAGGAGUCCCUGGAGGAGAUCCGCAGCCUGGAGCGGGAGCGGGACGAGUGGAAGCGGGUCGCGGAGCGGGAGCUCAGCCACCCGCGGUGCCUGCCGAGCUGCGGCCCCCCGGGCUGCCUGCCGGGCUCGUGGUGGCCCCGCCGCGGGCGCGACGCCCGGCCGGCCCGGCUGGAGCACCGGCGCCAGAGCAGCAACGGCUCGGACCCGGCCGCCAGCCCUGAGGGGCUCCGCCGCGUGCUGGCGCGGCGCAGGAGCACGCGGCACGUGCGCCAGGGCAGCAACACCUCCGACGUCGCCCCGAGGGAGCACCUGGGCAGGGCCGCCGUGCCAGAGGGGCCGGCGGCGGGGAGCAGCGCGGAGCUGCUGAACUCCUUGGUGGCCACGGAGUGGAAGUUCGUCUCGCGCUGGUUCGGGCAGAGGAUGAAGGACUCGGUGGAGCCCCUGCUCCACGAGCUCGUGAACAACUGGAUAAGGGAGAAAGCCAUCGGGACGAUCACGCCUGGCGUCACGGUGACCAUCGGGAACCACUGCAGUCUGGGCAGCGAGCCGCUCAGGAUCACCGACGUUCAGACCAAGACUUACACGGAGAAGUUGACCGACCAGAGCGGCGAGGACAUCGAGAACAUGCAGAUCAUUGGAUUGCUCGAUUUCCACAGCAGCAAAGCAAACGUGGACAUAAGCUUCAAGAGCGGCGUGGAGCUCGGCAAGGUCGUCGUGACGGAUCUGAAGGUCACGGGAGAGGUCGUGGUCGAGCUCGUCAAGCUCUCCCACGCCCCCCCGUGGUUCAGUGGCGUGCGCAUCUUCUUCCCGAACCCGCCGCAGGUGGACCUCGACGUGCGCUCGCAGCUGCUGCAGACCCCCGUCCCCCUGUCGUUCCUCAAGCCGAUGAUCACGACGGCCAUCAGCGACAAGGUGAUCAGCCGCUUCGCGGUGCUGCCGAACCGCUUCUGCAUCGCGCUGGGCGGGGACCGUAUCGACGAGUUCCACCUGCAGCAUCCUGUGCCGCAGGGCGUGCUGCGCGUGGCCGUCCUGCGGGCGAAGGACCUGCGGAGCUGCCGGGGGCCCUCCUCGUCCUGGUGGCCCUUCGCCCGCUCGCAGGGCGCCGCGCCGACGGCGGACCCGUACGCCACGCUCUCCGUGGGCGCCUUCUGGGCCCAGACGCCGAAGAGGCAGAACACCCUGAACCCCGAGUGGGACGAUGCCCAGGAGGUGUUCGACCUCAUCGUCACGGACCUCGAGAAGCAGUCCCUGCGCAUCGAGGUGCUCGACGGGGACUCCGGGCUGUUCAUGGGCCGGGCCGAGGCCUCCCUGGAGCAGCUGACGACGGAGGGCUCCGACCGCCAGGAGCUCAAGCUGCAUCCAGAGGCGGGACGCUCCUCCAUGAUGGCGCAGGCACGCGGGUCGAUCUCCGUGCGGACACAGUGGCGCCGCUUCGCGCAGCAGCACGAGAUCCAGCCGAACCCAAUCCACCAGGACGAGAACAGCUCUUGGGGGCUUGGGAGCCGGACGAGCCCGAAGUUUCUGCUGGUGGCAGACCUGCUCAGCGCAUCCGGCCUCCCGCCCGCCGACGACGGGACGGACCACUGGGUCACCGUUGCGGUGUCGAACUGCGGGGGCUCGGGGGCAACCUUCUUGCCCCGAAGCUCGUACCCAGCUGGCGAGUCGCCUUCCGCGCAGGCACACACUGCAGUCCAGCACGGAGUGGAGAUGCUUGGCAAGCUCGGUCUCCCGCCGGACGCCAUGUGCCAAGGAGAUCUGCGGAAUCUCUGGCGUCGGCGGGUGCCGCUCGAGGAGGCCGCCGCGGAGCAGGAGAGGAGGGGCAAGCUGCUCACCGACGUGGUGUGGAAUUACCCCUUCUGGAUGCUGCUGGACAGGGCCUGGGGCGCCCGAGUCAAGGUGAGCGUGUGGCGGCCCAUGAAGGGGAAGACCCGGAGCGAGGAGGGCAGCGCGUCUCGGCUAGUGGGGUCUUUCGAGCGGGAGCUCGUCUUGGCUGACUUCGGGAGGCACUUCUGGGUGGAUCUGAAGUGCCCACUGGCCAAAGACGGCAUGGGCGUCACCGAUCAGAUGGUGGCGCAGAUCAAGUUGCGGCUGCGCGUCUGUCCCCUGCUGUCCUCGUCGGAGUCGAGCGUGGCGCAGAAGCGCGUCCGAAUCCUGGACCACAUGGCCCAGUUCGCGUCGUCCAUGUGCACGCAGAGCGUGUGCAUGCAGGGCGCCGCCCCACAGGGCGCGGCCCCACAGGCCCAGCAGGAUCCCGAGCCCGUGCCCUUCGGCGACGAGGCGGCGGAGCCGACCCGCGACGAGUCCGCGUGGGCGCUGCCGCCGCAGACCGCUGCCCCCGCCGGCGGCUGGCUGCCCGCCGCGCUGCUCGGCAGGCUCUGGGGCGCCGGCGGCGCGCGGGAGGCGCAGGGCGACGCCGCCUUUGGCGGCGAGGCCGUGGCGCCCGGGGCGGACGGCGGCAGCAGCGCCGCAGCCGUCGAGGACUCUGCGCCAGGCCCCGAGCAGCCCGACCCCGUGGGCGCGCAGGCGCCCGCGGGCCGCGCACCCGGCUGGUGGCCGCCCUGGGGCUUCCGGGCGGCGCCCGCGGCGGCGGCGGCCCCCCCGGCCGACGCCGCAGCGCCGGGGCCCGGGCUGUGCCUCGAGCCGGGCGGCGGCGGCGGCGGCGCGCCUGCCGAGGGCGACGAGGCGCCGCUGCUGGACGCGUCGUCGGCGCCUGUGAGCCCGCUCGUGCCCGCGGAUGCCGGCCCGGGCGGGGUGCCCGCGGAGGGCUCCGGGCCGGCUGCGGCGGGCCCUGCCAGCGGCGCGCCAGGAGGCGAGGUGGAGGAGCCCGCCGCCACCAGCGGCGGCGGCGCGCCGCAGGACCAGGGCGCGGGGCAGUCGCCUUCGCGCUUCGCGGCGGUGCUGCAGUGGCCGCUGGCGUGGUGGGGGCGCAGGGCUCCCGGCGCGGGCGAGGCUGCGCUGGCCAGCCCAGGCGGCUCCGUGCCCCCGCCGUUCCCGCACCUCCCCAUGGAGGACGUGGAGGACGCGUCCUGCUCGGACACCCCGCAGUCGAUGUGGUGCCGAUCUGCGAGCGAGAUGACGGUGGGCCGCCAGUCGACCUUCGACUGGGCCACGCCGAAGCCGCCUAACCACAGCCGGUUCGGGUCGGCGGAGGAGGAGUUGCAGCUCCCAGUCUUCACUGGGGGCCUCUCCGAGAGCACCCCUGCUCUGGGCGGCGUUGCGGUGUCGGCGCCGCAGGCUCCAGCCUCGUUGCAGGCCGUCCCCGCGAGCACCCGCCCAGCGGGACCUGGGCUGUGGGCCCGGCUGGCCAGUUCUUGGGCCGGCCAGGCCGCUCCGGCCGUGCCGCCGCCAGCGGAGGCAGCCACGCCGCUGCCGAAGGAGGCUCCGCGAGCCCAGUGGCCUUCCAGCCGCUCCACCGACGCCGCUGACUCAGCGGCGUCGGUGGAGCGUUUUGGGACUGACUCCAGCGUCUGGGACGUCACGCGGGAGGCGCUGGCCGGCGCAUCGGCAGCUUUCCAAAGCCCACUGCCCGAGGGCUCUCGCGCUGAGGAGCGCGGAGCCCAGGGGCACGCGCCAGCGAUGCCAACGACCCUGUCGCAGGAGUCGCCGAACGACGCAAGGGUCGGACUUGAAAGCCCUACGCUCGAAGAUCCUCUGGCUGCGAGGCGUGGAGCCCUCGACCACGGGUCGUCGUCCCAUUCAGUGGCGCUGGCACCUCUGCCGGAAGACAGUCCAGUCACUGGGCGGGAAUUGCCUGAGCACGCGCCGGAGAGCCCACGGGCCUCAGAGCAAGAGCCUCUGGGGGACGCAGCUGCGCCCUGGGUGCCAGACGCCCUUCUGGCCGAGGGGCCAGAAGAUCCACAGCGUGGGCCCGCGAGCUCGUGGGUGCGGGGGCGCUCUGGCGACCACGACCCCAUCGUGCGCUGGGACACGGCGAAGGAGCUGCCCGAGGGCUCCGAGGAGCUGCCCUCGCCGGCCGCCGCGGCGGAGGACGCGCGGGGCGCCCACCCUCCCGCGGCGCCGGCUGACGACCUCGAGCGGCAGGCGCCGGCUGCCGCGCAGGAGCCGCCCUCGCCGACCGCCGCGGUCGGGGGCCCCGUCGCGGCGCCAGCGGACGAGCGGCUGCAGGCGCCGGCUGCCGCCUGGCCGGGGCCGCCUCCGGAGCAGGAGGCGGCCGCGCCGACCACCGCGGGGGGGGACACACAGGGCACUCCUCGGGCGACGCCGGCGGGCGAGCCCGAGCUGCAGGCGCCUGCCGCCGCACACGCGGGGCCGCCCGGCGCCACCAGCCCGGCCUCAGAGGAGCUCUGGUAGGUGCCGCAGCCUGCAGGGCCGGGGGAGGAGCGGCCCGCCGCCGGGCUGUUUCCACAUGGUGCUUUUCGAAGUGCGCUUUGUCAUCGCGAACAUCCAGUCGGACAGGCCCCUCUCUACAGGAGGAAUGCCCACACAUAGUUUUAAAAGUAUUGCGGGUACGAUGUUUGUUCUAUUUGGAUUGUUGUUUGAGCAUGUCUUGAGUUUGUUUUAUUUUUCGUCCAAAAUCCGCCUGUAGAAAGACAUGCCCGACCUAAUGCAAACACUGUCGACGGUGUCUUCGCUUCGACGCUUCGAGCAAGGGACCCGUCACGCUUCUUAGGCUUGAAAGGUCUGUCGCCCCUGGCGGCACUUUCGAGGAUUCGACGAGCAUAUCCGUUGCUCUUUUGUACGAUAGCAUGAUUAUUCAGCAGGCAAUGUAUCACCAUCGCGAUACCGUCUACAGUAGGCGCAGUUCUGACCAGCAUGUUGCCACGAGCCCACCCUUCCGUAACGGAGGUCCCGCCGGUCUGAUCGUGUGAAUUCGGGCUGCUGGGAUUGCUGCGAGCGUUUGCCGCGUUCGGGCGUCUCCUCUCGCUCGGCCCAAAAAACAGACGAUCCAAGAGGCCACCA